AUGCCUUCUAUGUGCCGCAUGUGCAGGGAGAAUUGCAAAGAUAUCAGCCAUAUCACUUGGCAUUGCAAAAUUGCUAAGAAGAUUUGGGAUUGGGUGGCUGAUAUUUUUAAAUUGAAGCCGAAUGAGGAUCUUGUGGCCUAUUACAAGGUUGCAAAAGGACGUAGUAGGAUGAUAAAGGAUCUGUGGCUGGUUGCAAAUCUUGCAAUAGUUACGGAGUUAUGGAAGUUGCGCAAUAAGGCUUAUUAUCAGAACAUGCGUGUACGAUGGCUUGAAUUUAAGGGAAGGGUUCAUCAGCACAGAACUUGCAAGCAUUCUGUUCCAAUUGAAGUUGCUUGGACGCCGCCCAAUCCAGACAAGCUUAUGAUCUGUUGUGAUGGUGCAUCACUUGGAAACCCGGGCCAAGCUGGUUCUGGUGUAGUUUUUCGUGAUUCUAACUCGGCAGUUUUGGGUGUUCUGUGCGUUGGACUGGGUUGGCAGACCAAUUACUACGUUGAAGUGUGUGCGGCUAUCUAUGGCGCAGUUGUUGCUCAAAGGUGGAAUGUCAAAAAUCUAUGCGUCAGAUCGGAUUCGAUGAGUUGCAUUUUAGCUCUUUAG